AAUGGCGAAUGACGGCUUAAUCAGUUCCUGUCAACUUCAGAUUUGUGGGCUUUGAACAGAUUUUUUUUUUCUGUGUUGAUUUAAAAAGAGGGGUUCGAGUGUAUAUAAGGACCUGAAAUAACAAGGAUGGCUUUCUCCAGACUCAUUGCUAGUCGGGCUUCGCAUGGGGCGAAAACCCUGCUCAAACGCUACCAGAAACCACUGAUUUUUCGGGCUACAAUGGCAGACUUUCGCAUUGAAAAGGACACUUUUGGGGAACUGAAAGUGCCCUCUGAUAAAUACUAUGGGGCUCAAACAGUGCGAUCUACCAUCAACUUUGCAAUUGGCGGAGAGUAUGAAAGAAUGCCAUACCCCAUAAUCACUGCAAUGGGUAUCCUGAAAAAGGCGGCCGCCGAAGUGAAUAAAGACUAUGGUCUGGACCCAAAAAUCGCCGAAGCAAUUUCAAAGGCUUGUGAUGAAGUCAUUUCUGGAAAGUUGUACUGCGAUCACUUUCCUCUGGUUAUUUGGCAAACCGGAUCAGGCACUCAAAGUAACAUGAACACUAAUGAGGUUGUUAGUAACAGGGCAAUCGAAAUAUUAGGGGGCAAGUUAGGUUCCAAAACGCCAGUCCAUCCAAAUGACCAUGUAAACAAGAGCCAGAGCAGCAAUGACACAUUCCCUACUGCAAUGCACAUUGCGGUCGCAAUGGAAGUAGAACACACACUUUUGCCAGGCUUGCAAAUGCUGGGAGAUUCGCUGGACAAAAAGGCGAAGGAAUUUAAAGACAUUAUCAAAAUUGGACGCACGCAUACCCAGGAUGCGGUUCCUUUGUCCUUAGGCCAAGAAUUCAGCGGAUAUGUCACUCAAGUGCGAUUUGGCAUCGAUAGAAUUAAAACAACGCUGCCCCGACUUCAUAUGCUGGCCCUAGGAGGAACUGCAGUAGGAACUGGAUUAAAUACCCGAAAAGGAUUUGCUGAAAAAUGUGCAGCAAAAAUUUCCGAAUUGACCGGAUUGUGUUUCGUUACUGCACCCAAUAAAUUCGAAGCUCUCGCUUGCCACGACGCUUUAGUGGAAGUUUCUGGGGCCCUGAAUGUCAUCGCUUGCUCUCUUAUGAAGAUCGCCAAUGAUAUCAGAUUUUUGGCUUCUGGACCACGAUGUGGCCUCGGCGAGCUAGUUCUUCCCGAAAACGAACCAGGCAGCUCCAUUAUGCCUGGAAAAGUAAACCCUACGCAAUGUGAAGCCGUGACGAUGGUGGCCGCUCAAGUUAUGGGCAAUCAUGUUGCCACUACUAUCGGCGGAUCGAAUGGUCACUUUGAACUGAACGUAUUUAAGCCAAUGAUGGCAGCCAACGUUCUCCGAUCCAUCCGCUUGAUUGGCGACAGUUGCAAGAGCUUUACUAUCCACUGUGUGGAUGGAAUUCAAGCCGACAGAGAAAGAAUCGAUAAGCUGUUGCAUGAAAGUUUGAUGUUGGUUACCGCAUUGAAUCCGCAUAUUGGCUACGAUAAAGCCGCCCAAAUUGCCAAAACCGCACAUAAAGAGAAAUCCACCCUGAAAGCCACAGCUAUUAAAUUGGGUAUUUUGAAUGAGCAGCAAUUCAAUGACUGGGUGAAGCCUGAGGAAAUGUUGGGACCUAAAUAAAUUAUUAAAUCAUAUUAUUUAUAACUGUUAUUGAUUUGGUAAUACUACUAUUAUUAUUUAUAAUUAUUUGGUUAUUAAUGUGUUAAAUAAAUUUAAAAUUAUUUGCUUUAA